AUGGGAAACGCGGUGGUAGUUUCUUUUCGACGGUUUCGACCGAGCAUAAAGUUUCGUAGACCAUUUCAUGUAGUUAUGUUAGGACUCGACAAGAGCGGAAAAACGGCUAUUUUGUACCGAAGUAAGUGGAAAGAUUGGAAGGAACGAAUUGCCCCGACUCCUGUGUUCAACGUUGAGGUCGUCCGUCCCUAUAAAGACUUACGUUUUAAAAUUUGGGAUGUCAGUGGAAAAGAGCAUAUACGCCCUCUGUGGAAAGCUCUUGUGCGCCACACAGAUGCGAUAAUUUUCGUCGUUGACAGCGCAAAUGAAGAAAGAAUCGACGAAGCAAAACAAGAACUUUUCAAUCUUGUCAACUGUGCCCAGAUAAAAGGUGCUCCGAUAUUAGUACUCGCUAACAAGCAAGAUUUACCGAACGCAUCGGCUCCAACAGAAAUUGUAAGGAAGUUAUCACUUCACAAUCUAAAUGCGAGACAUUCGUGGCAUCUUCAGCCUACCUCAGCUGUUUGUGGGGAUGGUAUUGUGGAUGGCCUUCGAGUUUUAUCUGAUAUGAUAUCGCAGUGGAAAACCGACCUAAAAAACUUAAAAAGCGGACGGAGGAGGAGGAAAUUAGCGGCUUCUCGCAGUUAUCAAUCGGUCAACAAUAUUCUUUGA